GAAUUACACCGUGGCGGCGACUGCCUCUCGUCACAACCAUGCCAGUGAAAUGCAGCGUUUGCGGUCGGAGCUGCGCCUCACCAAGUCAACUUACCACUCACAUGAGGGUGCACACGGGCGAGAAGCCAUUCGACUGCACGGUGUGCCCCAAGAAGUUCACCACAAAUCAUAACCUUCGGACACAUUUCCGCACUCACACAGGAGAGAAGCCAUUCGAGUGCACGGUGUGCCAAAGGAAGUUCUCUCAGAGUGCACAUCUUCGGACACAUCUUCGUACUCACACAGGAGAAAAGCCAUUAUUCGAGUGCACAGUGUGCCACAAGACGUUCGCCGAAAAUCACGUCCUGCGGGUUCAUUUCCGCACUCACACAGGGGAGAAGCCAUUCGAGUGUACUGUGUGCCAAAAGAAGUUCUCUCAUAGUGGAAAUCUUCGGACACAUCUCCGUACCCACACAGGAGAAAAGCCAUUCGAGUGCACGGUGUGCCAAAAGAAGUUUUCUGACGAGAGCAGCCUGCUCAGACAUCUUCGUACCCACACAGGAGAGAAGCCAUUCGAGUGCACGGUGUGCCCCAAGAAGUUCACCACAAAUCAAAACCUUCGGACACAUUCCCGCACUCACACAUGGACUGUCCACAUCCCAACUGCACAGGUCAUGGUUACUGCACAUCUGAAGGAAUUUGUCUCUGCAAACGUGGUUGGAAGGGGGCUGAUUGUUCUGUUACUGACAGUGAUGCUCUUCAAUGCCUUCCAAACUGCUCCGGUCAUGGCUCUUUUGACUUAG